CACAGCCGAGGACACACGGUAUUAUUAAAGUAAAGCAGGAGCGCACAUCAGACAUCGCUCAGGACAUGUUUUCACGUUAGUGGGACACCUGUUAUGCGGGUCGGCACGAUCACUCGGAGCCGGUGUCUCGUCUGACGAGUCCGCGCCAGAGGCGAGGCGACUGACAGCGAACAGGAGGUUUGACCCGGGGACCGAGUCCCGACAGAAGGACCGGGCGGCAGAGUUCAUGGUGUUCAACGGACCGAUUACAUGCGAUGAAAGACAUGGACAUCUUCAGUGGGACCUCUGAGCGAGGACUGUCAGACUUCGAGCUCAUUGAGGAAAUCAUCACACAGGACGGUGAGCAGCCAGUUGUCGCCCUCCCGAGGCCGUGUCCCCCUCCCGCCGACCUCCUCUCUCAGCUGCCACGCAGCCAGCACGUCAGGAUGCACCGACAGGGCCCGUCGCUGUCGUCGCAGCCGGUGCUGGUAGCGAGAAGCACUGCACACCCGCCCACCUGCACCUUCCUUCCGUCCCUGCUGCGGCCCAACAACACCAGCGAGAUGGCGUCGGCUCGUCCUUCCCAGGCGACCACCUCUCCAGCCAUAUCCUCUCGCCCUGGUCAAGGUGUUUCCUCCAAGACCCGGGGCGACACUGAGCUGCUGGAGCGGAUUCUAGUGAAGCCCAGGCUGGUUGUAAAGGAGGAGCCCAAGGACAGAGGCAUGAGGUUUCGGUAUGAAUGUGAAGGACGCUCCGCCGGCAGCAUCCUGGGGGUGACCAGCACUGACACCAACAAGACUCAGCCUGCGAUAGAGAUCCAGGGUCCCAUUGAAUACAUAAAGAGGGUCACAGUCACCGUUUCCUUGGUGACCAAAGACCUCCCACACCGGCCCCACCCCCACUGCCUUGUGGGUAAAGACUGCCCUACCGGUUCAGGGAUCUGUGUGGUCACGUUCAACCCUCACAGCAACCGGUGUCACAGCUUUGCCAACCUUGGUAUCCAGUGUGUGAGGAGGAAAGAACUCGACUUUUCACUCCAGAAAAGGAGAAGCCAAAAUAUCGACCCCUUUCAAACUGGUCACACAAAGGGAAUUGAAGACCUGGACAUGAAUGCUGUGCGUCUAUGUUUCCAGUGUGAGCUCGAGUGGGAGGACGGCACAAAGGACAGUCUCAACCCAGUGGUGUCCAACACAAUUUAUGACAAGAAGGCCACGACUACUUCACAGCUGAAGAUCACCUGUUUGAACCAGUGCAGAGGCACCUGCAUGGGCAAGACAGAGAUCUACAUGUUGUGUGACAAAGUGCAGAAAGAUGACAUAGAGAUCAUAUUCAGGCGAGGGUCGUGGAAGGCGAAUGGGGAGUUUGCCCAGACGGACGUGCACCGGCAGAUCGCCAUCGUCUUCAAGACUCCACCCUACCAGGACCAGAACCUCACGGAGGAGGUCGAGGUCAACGUGGCGCUGCGUCGCAUCUCAGACAAGAUGGAGAGCGAAUCAGUGGCCUUCACGUACCUGCCACACAACCUAGAUCCGUAUGAGGUGAAGCGGAAGACUAGAAUUAAGUCGGACAUCAGUUUCAGAGAGAAGACUUGUUUAACAGCAGAGUGUGCACCUGCAGCAGAGCCGCCCUUGCACUUCCCACAGCCUCCGACCUUGUUGGCUUCAGACAAGAGGCUGUGUGCUUCCCAGCCUGUGGCCUCCGCUAUGGGGGAAGUGUGUUAUAAUGCGCCCCAGGACUCGAACAACCGCACCGAUGACACAAACCUCCUGAAUCAAUUGCUAGAAAUACCUGCCGUAUGGGAGAUGUUUUCCAACCCCAACAUCGACAUGUCCUGUGACUUUGAGGAGGAGCCCGAUGGCAACUCCACAUUUGCCAACAUGGAUGUGAACUUUAACCAGAACUUUGGCUCGUACACUCAGGACUUCUCUCAGUACAGCGACUUGCAGUUCAACAUGCUGGUCAACGAGAACCAGACUCUGCAGUUGGAGCCACAGGACAGCCUGUCCAAUGUGCUUCAGGUGAAGAAAGAAGAGGCGCUAUGAGGGAGAGGGAUAGUCGGCACCAUGCAGCACCAUUACCAUACUCUGCCUUUGUUAAAGGAGUAGUUUGACAUUUUGGGAGAAAAUUCUCUUUCCUCACAAGGGAAGCGUUUAACUUAAAGCCGAGCUUAAUGUGAAGGCAGAGUAAAACAGCUAGCCUGGCUCUGUCCAAAGGUAAAAACAUCUGGCUAGCAGCCCCUUUUAAUGCGCAAUAAUUAAAAUGAACUUAACCCUCUAUCUUUAUCGGUCCCUGAAAGCCUCGCUGGUCAAGGCUUUAGUGAUCAAGAGCAGGUCAACAUUCCAAAAUUUUUGUCCAAAAAUGCUGCUGCUAUUGAUUUUAAUGCUUAAAGCUACAGUGUGUAACAUUUGGUGGCAUCUGGUGGUGAAGUCACUGGUCCCGAGCGCUCAGAACCAGAGACAUUCCCCAAAAGAGACCAAACUACUUGCCACGAUUUUGUGUUCUACAACAACGUUGAGUGUUGUCCUUUUCUGUCGUUGCCAGUCAUGAAUUCGUUCUGCUUCCCAUUCUUUCUACCUUUGUGACGAGGAUUCAUGCCCUCCUACCUUCUUUUCUAAUUAAUAAUAAGUAUUAUCCGCCACUUCUCAAACUUGUUAGCCUGCACUGUCGACCGACACAGACACACUGAAGAUGCAAUGACAAUUCAACACAUAUGCCGGAGUGACUUGUCCGUUUCAGGCAACCGUGUUUAACAUGAGGGGGCAAACAUGGUGGCAUGUGGAAGUCAGGUCCACCUAUGUAACUAUAAUUUACCCAAAAAAAUUGGUUCUUUCUUGCAGGUGAUAUACAUAUGAACGCAGUAAUGGACAAUAUAUUCAAUUUGGUUAAGGAGUUCUCCUCAAUAUUACACACUGUAAUAUCAGAAGGAGGUGAUUCUCACAGUUAGAGUGGAGCUUAAAAAAAGAGAACUCACAGACUUCUCUCUUCAACAUGGGAACAAUAGAACCUUAGAUUAAUAUGUGUUAAUGUGUAAUGUUUGUGUUUGAUCUGUUUAGUUUACUCGACGAAACCCGUCCUCAUUUUCAUAGUUCUCUCUGUGUUGGUUCCUUUUCUUCUGCAGUUUCACUCAUGUGCUAUUUCAAAUUUCCACUCGCACUUUGUCAGUCACGUGUCCAACUCUGCUCCCUUGCUGUAGCACUGAAGUGUAAAUAUUUCAAAGAAAAAAAUAAAAUGUCAAUGUGU